AUGAAAAAUCAUUAAUAAUCAUAAAAAAAUCAAAUGAUAAACUUUGUGGAUACAUACGAAGAAUAAAAACUAGAAUUGUUUGAAGAAGAGCUUGAACUAUUUGGUCUUGUCAGUUCUCCAAAUACUCUUAUUUUUUCGGAUUAAGGGUUAAGCACUUGUGUAGAUUAAGAUUCGAAUUUAUCGACUCCACAACAGCAAGAAAUUCAAAAAAUAAAAUUACCAAUUCAAAGAAGACGUCCUCCAAAAAGAAUUCAAUACACUUAUCACAAGAAAAAGAAGCGCCCUGCCCCUAAACCUAUUAUCCAUAUUAAAGAAAAUGGAUUGAAGGUGUGUCUUGUCAUGGAGAAACCAAAAUCUAAUGCCCAUCCUUUCUCUAAUGUUGAAGAUAAGAGAAUUUUGGAGCUUGUUCUUAAGAUAGGACCAAAGUUUUAUAAAAUAUCAAAGUCAUUUCCAGGCAAGAGUGUCAGCAUGGUUAAGAAUCGCUACUACAAAUACCUUCGUUAUAGAUGGGAUUAAGUUAUGGGAAGUGAGUAUAGCCAUAUGAAUUCUCUUCCAGAAGAUCAACCUUGUGAAAGUUAAAGAUCGAAUGAUAUCAAUUAUGAACUUGAUUCCGAUUGCUGAACACGCUGAAGUGAAUCAGUAUAGUGACUAUAUUUUUUGUUUACAUCGAGUUAUAUAAUAUAUUUUACUUU